AAUCUUCAAAAAUCGAUACUGAGAUUACUUCUAAGGUAAGUGAUGAAACUAUUAUUAACGAAAAUAAUAAAGAUAAUAUAUUACAACCAAUCGACACAGAAAACCAAUUUCAAGAGAUAAAGAAUGUGACUUUGAUUAGAUCUCAUAAUAUUACAAUAGGAAGGAGUGAGAAAUUAUCUAUUAUAGCAUUAGGUGCUAAACAAAUUUUUCGCCCAACCCCGCCUUCUUGUUCUUUAAACUCGAAGCCAGAUUAUAACCACAGUAUGACCACCUCUGAAAACAGAGUUAUGGAUUUCCAAUCCAUCAUGCAGAAAAACUCAAAAACAAGAUUACCUCCAAUGAAACUUUUCCUUAUAGAUAUGGAUGAGGCUACAAAGCAUGCUUCAUCAUGCUGUAUUGGGCAUCCAGCAAUCUCAUGGUCAUUUGCUAAGCUAGUUACAGGAAAAAGUGGUACAGGUAAGACUAAUAUAUUUGGAAAUCUUGUUUUUGGUGACAAAGCUAAAUAUAUAUAUAAAAAGAAAAAGGGUAGAUCUAGAUAUAUAUGGUGUGAUAAUUUGAUAGUUUGUGGAUACCAUCCUGAUGAACCAAAAUGGGCUUUCAUUAGAUAUAUAUAUGGAAUAAUUGCAAGUAAUCCAAGAGCAUCAUAUUAUGAAAAUAUUAG